UAUGCUCCAGAAUUUGGGGAAGGAAUUAUAGCUGGAAAAUUUAUGUUUUUAAACCCACAGAUCCUUCUGACUUUAGCAUUGGUUGUUCUAUUGCCAGGAAAACAUAAAUGCAGAUGUUGGGCCAUGUCAAAAAUCUUGUCAAGAGAGUGGAUUGUUUCGCACAGAACUGAGAUGUGGCUCCUGAUUCUGGUGGCGCACUUGUUACAAAGGAAUGUGGAUUCAGUACGUAUGCCGACUAAAGAUGUGGACCCAGAAGCGUUCAUGAAUAUUAGUGAAAUCAUCCGACAUCAAGGCUACCCCUGUGAGGAGUACGAAGUCGCAACAGAAGAUGGGUAUAUCCUCUCCGUUAACAGAAUUCCUCAAGGCCCCAUGGGACUUAACAAGACAGGCUCCAGGCCUGUGGUGUUACUGCAGCAUGGCCUGCUUGGAGACGCCAGCAACUGGAUUUCCAACCUGCCCAACAACAGCCUGGGCUUCAUUCUGGCAGACGCUGGUUUUGACGUGUGGAUGGGGAACAGCCGGGGAAACACCUGGUCUCGGAAACACAAGACCCUCUCCGUAGACCAAGAUGAGUUCUGGGCUUUCAGUUAUGAUGAGAUGGCUAGGUUUGACCUUCCUGCAGUCAUAAACUUUAUUUUGCAGAAAACGGGCCAGGAAAAGAUCUAUUAUGUCGGCUAUUCACAGGGCACCACCAUGGGCUUUAUUGCAUUUUCCACCAUGCCAGAGCUGGCUGAGAAAGUAAAAAUGUAUUUUGCCUUAGCACCCAUAGCUACUAUUAAACAUGCGAAAAGCCCUGGCACCAAAUUUUUGUUGCUGCCUGAUAUGAUGAUCAAGGGAUUGUUUGGUAGGAAAGAAUUUCUGUACCAGACCAGGUUUCUCCGCCAGUUUUAUAUUUACCUUUGUGGCCAGAUGAUUAUUGAUCAGAUUUGUAGCAAUAUCAUUUUACUUCUGGGAGGAUUUAACACACAAAACAUGAACAUGAGCCGAGCAAAUGUGUAUGUUGCUCAUUCUCCUGCCGGAACAUCUGUGCAAAAUAUCCUACACUGGAGCCAGGCAGCAAAUUCUGGGGAACUCCGGGCAUUUGACUGGGGAAGUGAGACCAAAAAUCUGGAGAAAGGCAAUCAGCCAACUCCUAUAAGAUACAAAGUUAGAGACAUGACGGUCCCCACAGCAAUGUGGACUGGAGGUCAGGACUGGCUUUCAAACCCAGAUGAUGUGAAAACACUGAUCUCCGAAGUGAACAACCUCAUCUACCACAAGAACAUUCCCGAAUGGGCACAUGUGGAUUUCAUCUGGGGCUUAGAUGCACCUCAUCGUCUGUAUAACGAAAUCAUACAUCUGAUGAAGCAGGAGGAGACCAGCCUUUCCCAGGGAAUGUGUGAGGUCAGACUGUGAAGCACCAAAUGCUGACAAGUCUUAGGAAAAACCUUGUGGAUGAUGGUGCCGGGGUCCAUGAACAAAGGAAUUUAAGGAUUUCCAAAACUGGAAACCUAUCAUAUCAAUAGAAGGGAAGUAGAGAAGGGAGGGUGGAGAUUUAUUACAUAUUCCUUCAGAUUUCUUGCACCUGGCACUAAAACUGACACUAAAUUUUGUUUCUAGUUAGCUAAACUACUCAUUGGCUAAACAUCAGUUUCAUGAGCUAUUUAUACAGGGUCCAGCAGAAGUAAGGCCUGCUUGGGUGUGGUUGGUAGGGUAAUAAUGUAGGUGUAAUAAUUCAUAGUUUUAAUUUGAACAGUUCACCUAAAAUGUCUUAUGGUAUGCUUGAGUGUGAUAUUGUUAUGUUAUAGAAUUACAUGCUUAUGAUUUUAUAAUAAGCGAUUUUAUAACAAAAAGGGGUGUUAUUUGUGCCAGACCCUGUAUAUUCUACCAUAUUGAAGGGUAGGGUUUAUCUGAGAGCUACAAAUCAUGUAGACAUUCUCUAUGUCAUUCAGGUAAAACUUUCCUAAAACUUGUUAUUUAUUUUUCUACAAGCCAUAUUUUUGGAACAAUAAAGUAAAAUGAAAAAUUGGGAUGAGAGAGAGUUUUUUAUUAAAUACUUUAUUUAUUUAUUUUUAGAGAAAGGGAAAGGGAAGGAGAAAGAGAAGGAAAAAGGGAUGUGUGAGAGAUACAUUGAUUGCUUGGUUGCCUCUUGUACUCUCCCAACUAGGGUCCUGGCCAGGAACCCAGGCAUGUGCCCUGAAUAGGAAUUGAACCACUGACCUUUCAGGUCACAGGCCGGCACUCAAUCUGCUGAGCCAUACCAGCCAGGGCAAGACAAGAGUCUUGAAUCUCUGGACUGUUGUUGACUUUCGCAAAUAAACUAGAUAUUUUCACCUUAUUGCCACAGAAACAGCACUACCUCAGAAAUAAUAAAUAACAAACAAAUUAAUUAAUUAAUUAAUAAACAAAAAAUCAUUGUACAUCAUGGAUAAAAUAUUACAUUUUAAGUAUCUUCAAAAGGGCCAGGUUUUACAGCUGAGUCUUAGAGGAGAUACUUUUGUGGAAUUUUUAUGAGUUUUUCAAUAAGUGCAUUGCAUUGCAUAAAGCAUGUAUGUGUGUUUCAGUACCUAGAUACUAGUCCAAGCUUGUUUGAGAAUGGCUUGGAGACUUAUUGUCUAGAAAUGUCUGACACAGCUUCCUGCCUCCAAAAAUUAAAAGCUAGAAAGAAAAUUUUGUAAUGUCAUGAGCAAAAUAAAACAGUCAUAUAUUUUAUCCUUUGAUCUUGACAAAGUUACUGUUGGAAAAUUCCUCAGCUCAUUCUCAAAUCUGGUUAUUUUCUCACUUUUCACACAGUUUCAAAGAUGACAGAUAUAAUUACAUGAGUAAUAGUACAACUAUGCAAAGCUCUGGAACCACUAGCACAAUUUUGAAAAUUUCUGAACUGAUGUUUUAAUGGUGUGUGUCAAAGGUAUAUUUAUGUGUGAAGUUACCUUUUUUUUUAUCUCCCAGAGACACCUGGUCACUCAGUACAAUCUGACUGGAUCUUACGUAAUUUAUUAAGAGACAUAUAAAGGCUUCAGAAUCUAUAUCUAUACCCUACUACUCCUAUCACAAAAUAAGUACUUUAAGGCCCAACAUUCCUAGAUUUGAUUUUGAUUAGAACUUUGUUCUGUUCAAGGAUGACAAAUCUUUUAUUCUUAGACAUAUUGGUUACCACACAUAUUGUGGCUUAGUUUAUGUCUAAAGAUAUUUAUGAUUCGACUUCCAGUCAAGAUGGCAGCAUAGGUAAACAUGGCUGACCUCUCAAGUAACCACAUCAAAAUUACAACUAGAAUAUGAAACAACCAUAACUCAGAACCAUCAUAAAAUGAGUUGAAUGACUGUCUGACAACCAUGGAAUUAAAGAAACCAUAUCCAACCACACUGGUAGGAGGGAUGGAGACACAGAACAGGAAGGUCCCACAGCCACGUGUGGUGGAUAAAAAUUCGUGAGGAAUAUCCCAGGACAAAGGACUCUGAGCCCCACACCAGGCCCCCCAGCCCAGGGUUCCAGUGCCAUGAAGAAAAUUCCCCAAAACUUCUGGCUAUAAAAAGGAGUGGGGGUUGAGUUAGUGGAAAAAACUGCAAUAGUCCCAAGUGAUUCCUCUUAACCCACACAUUGACUUACUCAGACUCACCCCCUCUGAGCUCCAGCUCCACAGUAACAGUUUGAAAGGCACCAGUGGCACAAAGGGAGGAGCUGAAGUGUCUGGCAUAAAAGCAAAAGCUGGAAGAUAGCUUUCUCCCAGACAGAAAGUUGGGCAGAGGCCAUUGUCCCUUUUUUGAUCUCUUCUCCAACAGAGCCACAGAGCCAGCAGGCUGGUGCCAUAUCAGAGACUCUGUAAACUUGGCAAACACUGUUUGCCUCCAGUGUUUGCCUAGAGAUUCCCAGAGACUCUGUCCCACCCAAUUUAUGGGUCCACCCAAGCUGCUUUUCCAUAUUAAUGGCUCGUCUUGGCCCAUGCCUCACAAGUUCCUAAAUUCACUCAAAUAAACAAUAGCCAACCUCAGUGAACUUCUCAGCCCCCAUACCUCUUGCUAAGUGGCCCCAGGCACAGCACUAGCAGCAACCAGUCUAGAUUCAAAGCUUGGCUUAACAUGGAAAUCUCUAAGACCAGUAUAAGUAGUAGCCAUCUCAGAUUGCUUUAUUGCUCAGGCAGGGUGGUUCAGGCCAAAAUACAGGUGGGAACUGACCUUGGCCUGCACCCAGAAAAUACUAGAGCUUGCAUAUCCAGAGGAUAGCUACAAACCAUUUUGGAGCACCACCACCCUGCCCCUGCAUAGAUGGUCCUCCAGAGAGGGUAGAGGUUGGUGGUCAGUGGCCACAGGCAGUCCUUGCGGGUGACUAGCCUGUAAAUUGACCUGCCAACAGUAAUUAAGGCUCAACUACAAGAGAAGGGUGUACUCAUCCAGGUUGGGUGAUAGGAGAGGUUGUACCCCGAACCCUACAGGACACCU